AUGGGGGUGGCACUCUCGCUGCCUUUCCUCGGCGGAGGUCUGGCAUCCGUAGCCAGCUCAUGUGUUGCGGGACUCGCCUGCUUCUGUACAAGCACAGCCGCCUCGGCCAUGUUCAAGUCUUGUAACUGCCAGUCAUCGAUCGCCACCCGUGUCGGCUUCGCCAUCAUAUUCUGCCUUGACGCGCUGUUUGCAUGGCUGAGUCUCACUGGCUUCAUGAUGCACAAGAUAGAGGAGUGGUCGUACAACUACAUCAAGAUGGACUGCAAGGACAAAGAUCGAUGCUAUGGCGUUCUUGCAGUCCACCGCAUCACGUUUGCGCUCUCGCUUUUUCACUUUAUCCUCGGCAUGCUGCUCAUUGGCGUUAAGGAUACUCGAACCAAGCGAGCCGCCAUUCAAAACGGCUGGUGGGGUCCCAAGGUGUUGCUAUGGGUCCUGUUAACCUUGUUGAUGUUUUUCAUCCCGAACGGCUUUUUCGUCUUCUGGGCCAACUACUUUUCGCUUAUCUUUGCCUCGAUCUUCAUCGUCGUUGGUUUGGUAUUGCUGGUCGACUUUGCGCAUUCGUGGUCCGAGACGUGUCUGGACAGAUGGGAGCAGACCGAGUCUGAUUUUUGGAAGUUUACCUUAAUCGGCAGCACUCUCGGGAUGUAUGCGGCAGCUAUCGCGCUGACCGGAGUGCUGUAUGGCUUCUUUGCCUCAAGCGGAUGCUCGCUCAACCAAUUCUUCAUCAGCCUCAACCUGGCACUCGUCGUGGUGCUUACGGUACUCUCGAUCAGUCCGCAAGUGCAGGAAGCCAACCCGAGAAGCGGUUUGGCUCAGAGCAGUAUGGUAGCUGCCUAUUGUACCUACUUGAUUGCCUCGGCGGUGAUGAACCGCGAUAACGCUGAAUGCAACCCUAUCACGCGUGGUCGUGGUGGAAGUGCCAAGACGACCACAGUGGUCCUCGGUGCCGUUUUUACCUUCCUCGCCAUCGCCUACUCGACUUCUCGUGCCGCGACGCAAUCAAAGACGCUCGUAGGCAAGCGCCGUGCCGCUUUGAACGAGAGUCGACCUCCAUCGGGCUACGGGCCGUUGGCCACCCGCGAAUCGAUCGACAACUCUUCUGGGGCUUUGGUGACGGAUCAGCCGACCAAGAAGGACUCUCUCCGCAUCCAGGCGCUGAUGGCAGCGGUAGAAGCAGGCGCCAUCCCAGCGUCGGCAUUGGACGAAGAGGACGAUGACGACGAAAUGGAGACAAGGUCCGAGAUGGGCGGUGAUGAAGACGAUGAUGAACGUCAAGGAACACGCUACAACUACAGCUUUUUCCACUUUGUCUUUGCCAUCGCUGCAUGCUACACGGCCAUGCUGCUGACCGACUGGCGCUUCGUGCGUCUGGGUGGGCCUUCACCGGAUCCCAGCGAGGACGGUGCUCCCAUCGCCUACAUUGGUCGCAGUACAACAGCUAUGUGGAUGCGGGUUGUGAGUAGCUGGCUCUGCAUCUGCAUUUACACAUGGAGUCUUGUAGCUCCCGUACUUUUCCCGGACAGAUUUGGUUACGAUUGA